CCCCGCCGCCAUCGAGGUUCUCGCGCCAUCGCGCUCUGCGACGUCACCCUGCCUACCAUCACCGGCCGUUCUCCCCGGGAGGGGCGAUAUAAUUACCACCGAUCCAGCCGAGGAACUUCCGAGUCGCGACAUGCUUCCACCACGACUCCGAGAGGAUGCCUCCUUCCUCGCCCGGCUGCGUAUUUUAAAGAGCGGGGCCGGUGAAGCAACGACCGAGAGGCUCCUCCAUGCUGCCUUAUCAGGCACGAUUCCAGACCUGGAGAGUGCCAUCCAGGCGUAUAUGGAAGUCCGCUUUCCUGUCCGACAGAGGAAGCCGCCUAAAACACACACUAGGCCCAUACCACCACCGCCACCAGCACGCUACGACGAGCAUCUCAAUUCGCCAAGGCGCAAGAUCUCGAUAUUAGACGGCAAACCUCUGUCGGCCGAAGAGGCCUCUCCCCCAAUGGCCGACGUCGAAGGCUUCUACAAAGCCAUUUUCACCAGGCCAUCACCUCCGGACCAGGAGCCAAUUCAAGACAACCCGGAGCCAUCCAAGGCGGUAUACGUCCCAGUCACGACCGAAGAGAUCGAGGCCGCCAAGCGCGGUUGGUCCAACUCCGCGUCAUCACGAUCUCGCAAGUGCGAAACUGCCCCGCCAAACAUCUCGAAGCACUCUACAACGCCUUUUUAUACCGGCGUUAUACUCCAGCUUAAUGGCGCGCCUCGCGAACGGUCCUUAUCCCCAAGGACGGUGACAGGAGAAGUCCCGAAAAGUGGCGUCCCAUCACUAUAGGGUCCGCGCUGCAACGU